GGACAGGCACAGUCGUGGUGUGGCAGCAAACAUGAGGGUACUAGUUCUUGUGGCCUCACUGGCCCUGGCCGCGGCCUCCGUGGUCAAAGAUGACACCACCGUGGUCAUCGGGAAAGACAACAUGGUGACUAUGGAUAUCAAAAUGAAGGAGCUUUGCAUCCUGAAGCUCCUGAACCACAUCCUGCAGCCGACCAUGUACGAUGACAUCAGGGAGGUGGCCCGCGAGUGGGUCAUCGAGGAGAACAUGGACAAAUACCUGAAAACCGACGUGGUAAAGAAGUUCAUCGACACCUUUAAGAUGGGCAUGCUUCCACGCGGCGAGGUGUUCGUCCACACCAACGAGCUGCACUUGGAACAGGCCGUCAAGGUCUUUAAGAUCAUGUACUUCGCCAAGGACUUCGACGUGUUCAUCAGGACUGCUUGCUGGCUGAGAGAGCGCAUCAACGGAGGCAUGUUUGUUUAUGCCCUCACCGCGUGCGUGUUCCACAGGACGGACUGCCGCGGCAUCACCCUGCCCGCGCCCUACGAAAUCUACCCCUACGUAUUCGUCGACAGCCACAUCAUCAACAAGGCUUUCAUGAUGAAGAUGACCAAGGCGGCCAGAGACCCCGUCAUGCUGGACUACUACGGCAUCAAGGUGACCGACAAGAACCUGGUCGUCAUCGACUGGCGCAAGGGAGUCAGACGCACUCUCACCGAGCACGACCGCAUCUCUUACUUCACUGAAGAUAUCGACCUCAACACCUACAUGUACUACCUGCACAUGAGCUACCCCUUCUGGAUGACCGAUGACAUGUACACCGUCAACAAGGAACGUCGCGGAGAAAUCAUGGCGUACGCGUACACGCAGCUGCUGGCUAGGCUCAGGCUGGAGCGUCUCAGCCACGAGAUGUGCGACAUCAAGUCUAUCAUGUGGAACGAGCCCCUCAAGACCGGCUACUGGCCCAAGAUCCGCCUGCACACUGGAGACGAGAUGCCCGUGCGCAGCAACAACAAGAUCAUCGUGACUAAGGAGAACGUUAAGGUCAAGCGUAUGUUAGACGACGUCGAGAGAAUGCUCCGCGAUGGUAUCCUUACUGGCAAGAUUGAACGCCGUGACGGAACAAUCAUCAACCUGAAGAAGGCUGAGGAUGUCGAGCACCUGGCCAGGCUUCUGCUGGGAGGUAUGGGACUCGUUGGCGACGACGCCAAGUUCAUGCACAUGAUGCAUCUGAUGAAGAGACUGCUUUCUUACAACGUGUACAACUUUGACAAAUACACAUACGUGCCUACCGCCUUGGACUUGUACUCCACCUGCCUGCGCGACCCUGUCUUCUGGAGGCUGAUGAAGCGCGUCACUGACACCUUCUUCCUCUUCAAGAAAAUGCUGCCUAAGUACACCCGCGAGGACUUCGACUUCCCCGGUGUUAAAAUCGAGAAGUUCACCACCGACAAACUCACCACCUUCAUCGAUGAAUACGACAUGGACAUCACCAACGCCAUGUUCCUUGACGAGGUUGAGAUGAAGAAGAAGCGCUCUGACAUGACCAUGGUUGCCCGCAUGCGCCGCCUCAACCACCACCCCUUCAAGGUCACCGUUGAUGUCACCUCCGACAAGACUGUCGACUGUGUUGUCCGCAUCUUCAUCGGUCCCAAAUACGACUGCCUCGGCCGCCUCAUGAGCGUCAACGACAAACGCAUGGACAUGAUUGAAAUGGACACCUUCUUGUACAAACUGGAGACUGGAAAGAACACCAUCGUCCGCAACUCCCUGGAGAUGCACGGUGUCAUCGAGCAGAGGCCAUGGACCCGCCGCAUUCUGGACAACAUGAUCGGCACAGUCGGAACUAUCAGCAAGACCGUCGACGUUGAGAGCUGGUGGUACAAGAGCCGCAUCGGCUUCCCGCACAGGCUGCUCCUGCCCCUAGGUCGCCGCGGUGGCAUGCCCAUGCAGAUGUUCGUCAUCGUCACCCCCGUCAAGACCAACCUGCUACUCCCCAACCUGGACAUGAACAUCAUGAAGGAACGCAAGACUUGUCGCUGGAGCGUCUGUUUCGACACGAUGCCGCUCGGCUUCCCCUUCGACAGGAAGAUCGAUAUGACUCACUUCUUCACUCGUAACAUGAAGUUCACCGAUGUGAUGAUCUUCAGGAAGGACCUGUCGCUGUCCAACACCAUUAAGGACGUAGACAUGUCCGACAUGAUGAUGAAGAAGGACGACCUCACCUACCUGGACAGCGACAUGCUCGUGCGCUGGUCCUACAAGGACGUCAUGAUGAUGAGCAAAGACGAUAUGAUGAGGAUGUAAGUUAGCCGCUAGACGUUGUCCGACAAUUAUAUAUAAUAAAUAGCACUAUAUAAAUGUAA